AAAAUUGGUCAAAAAGUGCUUCAAAUGCAACAAAAGUCAACAUUUAAGUAAAAAUGUCCUUAUAUGACGAUUUGGACGUGAAAACCCGUGGCUCAGAAAAUGUACAGGGCUGGUCAUCAGGUAUAAAAUUGCUUCAAUCGCAACUACAAUUAAAAAAAGCUACAGUAACUCAACCGAAAAGGGAUGCUGCAAGAAAAGCGAGCUUGGCGCCUGUAAUAGACUUGAAAGCAAAACAGCGAGAUGAAGAGGAACUAUUUUCGCCCGCAUUUCCCCAAAUAGUAAAACCGAGUAAGGUGGAACCAGUUUGGCCAAUAAUAAGUCAAACUCAAACAGUCACGCAUGUUUCUCACCCUGCCAGUACGUAUGGUAGCGAGUAUGACUGGAAUGUCGUCGAUGAGUAUGAUCCUCUGUGGCCCAAUGAGUAUGAGAAGGUUGUUAAGGAUAUGAGGGAUAAGAGGGAUAAGGAUAGGGAUAAGAGGGAUAAGGAUAGGGAUCGGGAUAGAGAUAGAGAUACUGAAAAAGAAGAGAAGAGGAAGGAAAAGAAGAGAAAGUCGCGGUUUAAUGAUCCUGCUGAGGAAACUUCACCACCACCUACUGUUCAAAUGACACAACCUGCUAUUGGUAGUGGUUUUGCUGGCAGAUGGGCUGACGAAGAAGAUAUGGAACCCAUACAAAAACAACCAAGACCGUCAGGUGGCGCUGCUAUCGCGCCUCCUCCAAGCUUACAAGAACCCCUUGAACCGGUCCCAUUAUUCCCAAAUAAACCACAACCUUCGACGAGUUACGGUGCGAGCUCGAUAGCCGCCAAAAUCAUGGCCAAAUACGGUUUCAAGGAGGGUCAAGGCCUUGGCAAGCAGGAGCAAGGGAUGGCGAGCGCCUUGCAGGUGGAGAAAACGUCAAAAAGAGGCGGCAGAAUCAUACACGAAAAAGAAAUGCCAUCGUUUCCGCCCUCGACAGACGAGCACCCGCCAGUGCAACACAAUCUGACGGAGCUGAUGAAAAACCCCAGCAAGGUUGUUUUGCUGAAAAAUAUGGUGGGUCCAGGCGAAGUUGACGACGAUUUGGAACCCGAAGUGAAAGACGAGUGCAACACGAAGUACGGCCCUGUUGCCAAUGUUAUCAUCAACGAAAUUCAGCACGAAAAUCCCGACGAAUGCGUCAGGAUUUUCGUGGAGUUUUUGAGGAUCGAAAGUGCUAUUAAAGCUGUAGUCGACUUGAAUGGGCGGUUUUUCGGCGGUAGGAUGGUCAACGCUGGGUUUUAUGAUACUGAGAAGUAUGAUAAUUUAGAGUUAAUGGACUAGAUGUGUUUUCUAUAAUAAUAAAU